AUGAAGAAAAGAAAUAUAGAUUAUAACAAGUUUAUUGUUGGAACAGAUGGCGAAGAGACACAAAAGUUGCUGGUUAAUAAAAUUUUAUUUGAGUUUUGUUGUAAGUUGUUGAACAUUUCGUACUCGAAUCAGAUAUCUGUUCUAGAGGAUGAAGCUGCAAUAUUUUUUGAUUCUUGUGAUGGUAGAACAGACAUUGUGGAUCUUCAUGAAGUAAAGUGUCUUCGUCUCUUGAUUAACUUUUGUGAAACAAAUGAAGACAGACGAUUUCCUUUCUCAGAAGAUGAAGGCUUUAAGUUGUGCUUUUCUGCAACAAUUUAUCUAUGCAAGCAGGGCGGUGCGCAGGGCUCCGUCAAAUUCGCCCAAUUUAGAAGGGUCAAUGUGUUUAGAUGUACGCAGGAAGUACAUCAAUUUGGGCAAACUGAGGGCAUUGCGGAUAAUAGUCAAGGCAUCAUGGGCCGAAAGACAGGAAACACGACCCAGGGCGAAUUUAAGCUCAGAGAGCUUUUAGCUGAUGAACUAGAGUUAGUUUUUUCUCACUUUUUGCUGAUGAAGAAAAGAAAUAUAGAUUAUAACAAGUUUAUUGUUGGAACAGAUGGCGAAGAGACACAAAAGUUGCUGGUUAAUAAAAUUUUAUUUGAGUUUUGUUGUAAGUUGUUGAACAUUUCGUACUCGAAUCAGAUAUCUGUUCUAGAGGAUGAAGCUGCAAUAUUUUUUGAUUCUUGUGAUGGUAGAACAGACAUUGUGGAUCUUCAUGAAGUAAAGUGUCUUCGUCUCUUGAUUAACUUUUGUGAAACAAAUGAAGACAGACGGUAA